AUGAAGUUUUUCAUUGAAUUAGUAGCAUGUUGUGGCUGUUCAUCAAAUCGCGCGCAUCGUCCUGCAGAGGAUGAGGAAAUCCUUGUUACUGCAGAUGCUGAAGCGUCAUUUGAUCAUAAUAACAACAUCAUUACAUAUAAAAAGAGACGGCGAAGGAGACGAACGUUAGCGAGAUCUGCUGGUUCAUUGCCUGAAUGGAAACCGUCACUUUCAUCCAUAUCUGAAGAUGGAAUUGCAGCUAAUUCCAGCAGGAAUUUGAAGAAGAAGAAGGUCUCUGUCAAUCAACUCCAUCAUCAUCGUCGUCCCCAGAAACCCAGGAUAGCUUGCCUUGCUCAAAUGGUUCCAGCACCUUUCUUGAUUUGAUAUUGGAUUAAUCGAACCUCUUUCCAGUUUCCAAUUACCCUCCGGCUCUCUAUUGUGUAAAAUAAUUAAAACUUUGUAUAUAUCGUGUAAACCUUUUUUUUUUUUCUUUCCUUUUUUCUUUUCAUUUCAAUUUCCAUUAUCUUCUCUCUCUAUCUGUAUUAAUACAAUGACUGUGAUAUUUGCAAAAAAAAAAAAAAAAAAAAAAAAAAAAAAAGAUACUAAAAAGCUAUAUUAAGUUAUAA